UAUAUGAACGAGAGCGCGCUGCGAGCGCCCUGCGUGUAGUAACUUCAGCACCUGGACAGCGACCUCCGCAAGUCAGGCGCACGCGCUUCGACAUGGCUUGAAAUACCGCAUUAAAGUGCUCCACUGUAGUCUUUUGCUGUUGAAAAGCCGGACUGUUGCGCUGAAUUUUAUCGACACUGAGUACCAGAGCCGAUAAGCUUCGGUUAGUGCGGGUCUCGCUCAUCUAGAGGCUUCGCUCUGUGGAGAAAAGUAACUGCGUCUCCGCUCAUCACACUGUAGUCGAAGAUGGAGACACCCGCCGGGACCGGACUGAAGCUCUUGCUGUGGAUUUUAAGCCACAUCAGCAUCUCUCAGGCAGCUUCUCCAUCAUCCCAAAAAUGUGAUGAAGCUCUGGUCACACCACUCCCCCACAAUGCCUUCACCAGCUCCUCUGUGUUCACAAGUGGCUAUGCACCUGGAUACGCCAAGCUAAACAAAAGAGGAGGUGCUGGGGGCUGGUCUCCGCUGGACAGUGAUCAUUACCAGUGGCUGCAGGUCGACCUGGGAAGCAGAAAACAGGUCACAGCCAUCGCCACGCAGGGUCGAUAUAGCAGCUCUGAUUGGACCACACGCUACCGUCUGCUCUACAGUGAUACAGGCAGGAACUGGAAACCAUACCAUCAAGAUGGCAACAUCUGGGCAUUUGCAGGUAACUCCAAUACAGAGAGUGUGGUUCGGCAUGACCUGCAAAACCUGAUUGUGGCCCGUUAUUUGCGCAUCAUUCCUUUAGACUGGAGUGAAGAGGGACGGAUCGGCCUCAGGUUCGAGAUCUUUGGGUGCCCGUACUGGGCAGAUGUGAUUAAUUUUGACGGGCAGGGGGUGAUCUCUUACCGCUUCAAAAUGAAGAAGAUGAAAAUUUUGAAGGACGUGAUAGCCCUGAAGUUUAAAACAUCAGAGAGCGAAGGGGUGAUUCUGCACGGAGAGGGGCAACAGGGUGACUACAUUACCUUGGAGUUGAGGAAAGGCCGGCUGCUGCUGCAGAUAAACCUCGGUAAAUCUCAUAUGGAGGCCUAAUAGAUAUCUGCUGUGUUCAUGGUGUGCUUGUGUGUACCUUGUUGUGUAUUUUUUUGUUAUUUUAUUAAUGUGCUGCCCUAAGUAUUUCU